AUGGCCACGGAUGAGUUGGGAGAAGUGUCUACGACUGCGGCUGAGCCGUCACAGAACACUGCGAUGGCGGCCGUCCAGAACGCUGGUCCUCCGUUUGACAAAGCGUCCGCCGACGUCAUCCUGCGCUCUGCGGAUAAUAUUGACUAUCGAGCACAUCGUGUUAUAUUAUCGAUUGCGUCCGAAGUAUUCUCGGACAUGUUCUCUCUGCCGGCACCUUCUGGUCAUGAUGUCAAGAUCUCGGAGGGCAUGGACCAGAAAAAGGACGGUAUGCCCGUCGUUGCUAUGGCGGAGGACGGGCGGAGCCUAGCCAUGCUCUUGACAUUCUGUUAUCCUAUUCCCCAACCCACGCCCAAUACCAUCGAGGACAUCGUACUGGGCCUACGACUUGUGCGCAAGUUUCACCUUGCGCACAUACAGAAGCCCUUGGAGAUGCUUAAAAUCAUGGCUCAAAGGGAGCCGGAGAGGGUAUACGCAAUAGCGUGCACCUUUCAACUCCGCGACGUGGCCGUGUCAGCCGCACGAAGCGCCCUCCUCACUCGGGAUGAUCCCCUCCUCCUCCAUCCCGAAUUCGGCGCCAUAUCUUCUUUCGAUCUUAUCCGCUUGCGCAGGUAUCAUGUUGCUGUACUAUCAGCCCUACGCCAGACGUGCUUGAAUCUCAACUGGCUUGCGGUCCAGCCGUCGGGCACUGGCUGCCCUUUCCCUAUCAUUCUGCAGCAACCAGGCGUCUUCAAACACGUCUGCGCAAGCGCCACGUGCCAGUUUAGGGAUCGACCUUCAGGCUAUAGGGACUGUGGGGAGGGCGUGAAGAUCAUGCUGAAACCCUGGGUUCAGACAUAUUUGACCGCUACCGAGGCAGCUCUCGCCAAAAGGCCUGUCCCAGGAAUCGCAUCGGCCGAGAACAUCAAAACUGAAGUGUAUACCGGAGCUGCUGGAUGUCAGUCGUGUCAAGGGCAAGCACUAGAGAUAUUGCCAAGAUUCGCAGCAUCGCUUGCUGCACGGCUUGAAACUGUCAUAUCUCAGGUGGAGCUCGAGCUACCCUUCUGA